AUGGGCUCCUCUACUACUCAACUCACCUCUAAGGUGACCUCAGGCUCGCCUUAUCAACUUGACAAGCCCCAGACCCUCAAAGCUUCCACGGCGUUGUUGAAGCACAUCAAGUCCACCCAACAGGAACAGGAGAAGACUGCAACCAAGAAGACCCUGAUUGGUGAUGACGAUUCCGAUGAUGAGAACGGCGCGACCAAGAACGAAGCCGUCUGGCUCGUCCUCACCACCAAGCAGCAUGUGGUGGAUAAGAACCGCCUGAAGCCUGGCAAGAUCGCCAUCCCGCACUCCCUCAACACAUCCCCUUCGCUCAGCAUUUGCGUGAUCACUGCCGACCCCCAGCGCGGCUUCAAGGACAUCAUCGCCGACUCCACCUUCCCUCAAGGCCUUUCCUCCCGCAUCGAGAAGGUCAUCGGUUUCUCUAAGCUCAAGGCCCGCUACCAGAGUUUCGAGAGCCGUCGUCAAUUGUUUGCUGAACACGAUGUUUUCCUGGCAGAUGACCGUAUUGCCAUGCGCCUGGUGCAGACCCUCGGAAAGAUUUUCUACAAGUCCAGCAAGCGCCCAAUCCCCAUCCGCAUCGCCGAGAUCGAGAGGGUUGACGGCAAGCGUGUCAAGAAAGAAAAGAAGGCACCCAAUGUUCCCACCGAUAAGGACUUGAAGCACUCUUCAUUCGCCCCUCCCCUGAUUGUUGCCAAGGAGAUUGAGCGAACCCUGAACUGCGCCCCUGUGCAGCUCGCGCCAUCCACCACAGCCGCCAUCCGUGUCGGCUCGUCCAAGUUUACAGCCGAGCAGCUGUCCGAGAAUAUCGCAGCCGUUGUCAAGGGUUUGACCGAUAAAUUCGUGGCCAAGGGUUGGAGAAACGUCAAGGGUUUGCACAUCAAGGGUGCUAACACAAUGGCCCUCCCCAUCUGGCUUGCCGAUGAGCUGUGGGUGGAUGAAUCUAACGUCCUGGAGACUGCCCCCGAGACAGACCCUGCCAACUUCCCCAAGAAGCGUAAGGCCGCUGGCGACGCCAAGCUGAUCGAGGAGAAGAACACCAAGAAGACCAAGUCCGCGGAUGAUGAGGAGGAGGCUGCCUCUGUGGCUGCACGGAAAGAGAAGCUCCAACAGCUCAAGGCUCAGGCUCUUGAGGAUGGUGACACAAGCAAGGCUGCCGCGCCGAAGGCCGGUGGCAAGAAGAAGAGAAAGUCGACUUCAUGA